GAGAAGCCAGGAUCCGGGUCUUUGGAACGGCCGCUUGUGAACCUCGUCGGCCGCCAUCCUUUCACCUUCCAGGAGUCUUGCCUGCGGCAGAGGGUGGUCGCCUGGUUUUAAAACGUCUAUCCUGUUAUUUGCCUCCAGCGGUGAAGACAGAAGUCAUCCAUCAGGUUCAUCCUAAAAUCAGGGCUUCCCUGGUGCUCAGCAGUAAAGAAUCUGCCUGCCAAUGCAAGAGACUGAGUUGAGCAUCUUUGUCAUCUGCAAAUAGAGUUGGCCAGGUGGCAGGUUUAUGGACUGGAGUAAGAAGAACCUGCUUCUUCCUCUGACUUGGAUUCUAGUCUACAGGAACAUCUUCAGUAAUAGGAGGCUCCAGGCUUGGGAGAGCAUGGAUUCUGGCAGCAGCCUGACCUGAGACCCCUGACCAUAACCUCCAGGCAGGCCUGGAAAGAGAGAAGACAACACAGCCUGGAGUUACACACCCUUUCUUAAGAAGUGGAGAAGAUGAGCAAGGUCCAGGGCUCUGUGUCAUUCGAGGAUGUGGCUGUGGGCUUCAGCCAGGAGGAGUGGCAGAUACUGGGCCCAUCUCAGAAGGCCCUGUACUGGGACGUCAUGUUGGAGAACUACUGCAACUUAGUGUCAGUAGUUCUCGUAGAUCACCCCGGCACAAAUGCUCAGCACCGGCCAUCCCGUGAUUUCCCGUUUACAGGAUAUCAGGCUCCCACACCAAAUUCACUCUUUCAGUUGGAACAAGGAGGACGCCUGUGGACAGUCAAGGGAGCAGCCCUGAGUCCAACCUGCCCAGGCUAUCAAGCUACCAAACCAGUUGUGAUCCUUAACUUCAAGCCCAGAGAAGAGCCAUGGAAAGUAGAAGAUGAAAUGCAGCAUCAGUACUUUUCAGGCAAGAAACUAUAUGGAUGCAAUCAAAACGCAGUGGAUACUUGUCAACCACGCACAACCAUGCCUUGGAGAACUCACACAGGAAAUAAUUCCCAUGGAUGCCAUGAUUGUAAGAGAACCUUUCCCAGUGAGUUAAAGCUGGUUACUCAUCAGGACACUCAAACAGGAGAAAACCCAUAUAGAUGCAGUCGAUGUCAGAAAGCCUUCAUUACGAAGUCAGCACUUGCCUAUCAUCAGAAGACCCGACACAGAGAAGGAAAGUCCCACAGAUGCAGCAAAUGUGGGAAAGCUUUUCCUUGGAAGUCAAAGCUCAGCUUACAUCAGAGGACUCACUCAGGAGAAAGACCCUUCAGAUGUGGAGUUUGUGAUAAAGCCUUCAUGGUGAAAGCACAUCUCACUGUACAUCAGAGAACUCACACGGGAGAGAAGCCAUACAAAUGCUCCGAUUGUGAGAAAGCCUUCUCCAAAAAGUCUCAGCUCCUGAUUCAUCAGCGAAUCCACACAGGAGAGAGACCAUAUGGAUGCAGUGAGUGUCAGCAAGCCUUCAUCCAGAAGUCAGAUCUCAGCGAUCAUAAGAAAAGUCAUCAUGCAGCAGAGAAAUCCCACGAAUGCAGUGAAUGUGGGAAGAUUCUGUCCUCUAAGUCAACUCUCAUUGUACAUCAGAGAACCCAUACAGGCGAGAAGCCCUUCAAAUGCAGUGCAUGUGAUAGAGCCUUCACGUCAAAGGCACAUCUCGUUAUCCAUUUGAGAGUUCAUACAGGAGAGAGACCGUAUGAAUGCUCAAACUGUGAGAAGGCCUUCUCCACUAAGGCGUAUCUUAUGAUCCAUCAGCGAAUUCACACAGGAGAGAGACCUUAUGGAUGCAGUGAAUGUCCGCAGGCUUUCAUCCAGAAGUCAGGUCUCACUAACCAUCUAAAAAAUUGUCAUGCCAAAGUGAAAUUGUGUGAAUGCCCCCAAUGUGGGAAGGUUCUGUCAUGUAAGUCAACGCUCAUUAUACAUCAGAGAACCCACACAGGUGAAAAACCAUUCAAAUGCAGUGUGUGUGACAAGGCUUUCACAGCCAAAUCCUAUCUCACCGUACACCAGAGAAUUCAUACAGGAGAGAAACCAUAUGAAUGCCCCCAUUGUAAGAAAGCGUUUACUACUCUGUCAGCUCUUAUCAGUCACCGGAGAACUCACACAGGAGAGAGACCCUAUGGAUGCAGUGAAUGUCAGAAAGCCUUCUUUCGGAAAUCAGUGCUUGCUAAUCAUCAGCGAACUCAGCAUAGAGGAAAAUCCUGUGCACAGUGACUGUGAGAACGUGACAAAGCUCUUUCGAUUAACCUUAUCUACUCACAGAACUCACACAGAAUGGAAAUGCCGUAAGUGUUCUCAUUAUACAGACUGUUCUGGAACUCCUUAAUAGGAAAGAAACCUUGUACAUGGAAUGAAAGUUGUACAUCUUCCAUCUGAAGACAUUCACCUUGUUUGAUCAUACCUUAGGGAUCUUGCCAAAAAAAGAAACAUUAUAAAGUCAGUGAGAAUGGGCUUUUCUGGUGGUGCCGUGGUAUAAAGAAUCUGCCUGCCAACGCAGGAGAUGCAGGUUUGAUCCCUGGAUCGGGAAGAUCCCCUGGAGUAGUAAAAGGCAACCCACUCUAGUAUUCUGGCCUAGUGAUUUCUGUGGGCAGCGGAGCCUGGCAGGCUACAGUCCAUGGGGUCACACAGAGUCAGACCUGACUGAGCAUGCAACGUAGUAUAAAAGGCAGUGAUUGUCAAAAGACUUUAUUUGAAAGUCACAGGCUAUGCAUUUAAGAGGCAGCCCACGUGGGUGCAGGGAAAGUGGGAAAUUUUCUUUUUCAAGUCAUGUUGGUUAUACAUUAGGGUAUUCAUUCAGGAGAGGGACCCUGCAGUUGCAGUGAAUACAAGCAAGCUAAGAAAAGUCACAUCUCAUUGUACAUAAAAAUGGAAGUUUCAGGAAUGUUUUGAUAGUGACAAUAUCCCCUAGAAAAGUCAAAACUUUUUGAUCAUCUUGUACAGGA